AUCGCUCUCUGCUCCCUGUUUGGAUAGUGAGUGCUCAUCUUCAGGGGAUGCUGAGACGAGGCGGGUGGGGCCAGUGCCGUACUGCAUCUGCUGUUUUCUUUUGGCGCUGUACUGCAAUGGAUCUGUAGCUGCCUGUCGGACAGUGAUGCUCAGACUUAGUAGCUGUUAACAGGACAUCGCGGAGAAGGAAAAGGGAUUCGGUUUACACGUUACUUUUAACAGCAUGUCCUGAUAUAAUUUCUCGUAGUUUUUGGAUUUGCAAAAGCAGAUUUUGAGAAGAAACUGAGAAUAUUGUACAGGUGGAUAUUUCUCAGCUCCUAUUUGCAUUGGGUUUCAUCGCCAACUGUAUUUGGAGUUUGAAACAAAAAGAGGCCCAUUUGUAGACUGAUAUACAGAUAACUGAGGGGGAACACCGGGGAAAGCUGGAAAGCGGCCGUUAGCUGUGCUAGCUUGUCUUCAUCAUGGCAUGGCCCUGCAUUACCAGGGCUUGCUGCAUCGCCCGUUUCUGGAACCAGCUGGAUAAAGCUGACAUUGCGGUGCCUUUGGUGUUCAGCAAGUACUCCGAUGUGUCCGAAACGGCGCAGUUUCAUCAUUUACAGCACCAAGCUAAACAGCAGAUUCCCCCGGCGCGAGCCGGCACGGUCGCCAUAGAAACGCAGCCCUGUGUCAGCGACCAGGAGACGGUUGCCAGGGCUACGCCCGCUCCGGGCGCCAACCCGCUACCUGACGGCGGGUCGGUGAUGCGCCAGGACUACAAACCCUGGAAGAUUCGUCCAGAGCCGAGCUGCAAGCCCAAGUCCCAGUACCACCCUUCCGACGCCCCUUUUAACAACGAAACGCAGUACCAGAAGGAUUUCAAGCCCUGGCCUUUGCAGAAGAGAGGAGACCACCCUUGGAUUCCCAAGCCGAGCCCGACGCCUUCAAUUGCAGGUGAUGGGGUUCGAGAAAAGCCCCCCUUUGACAGUGACAGCGCCCCCGAGAAGAGCCAGCUAGCUGACCAAGUGCAGGAAAAACAAGUGCGAGCAACAGAGGAGAAAAAGGUGAAGAAGAAGGUAAAGGUCGCUCAGGCUGACCAGGAGGAGAAGAAAAAGGCCCCAGCUGAGGGCAAAGGGAGAGCUGCGGCAGAUGCCGUGAACAGACAGAUCAAGGAGGAGGUGGCGUCCGUUUCAUCCUACAGAAAUGAAUUCAAAGCCAAGUCUCAAUACAAACCACCAGAGGAUAAGACUACUCUGGAAACUAGCUACAGUGCCACGUUCAAGGGAGACCAGGGUGGUCAUUUGUCAGCAGAUAAUAAAUUGAUGGAACGCAGAAGGAUACGGAGCCUCUACAGUGAGCCAUACAAGGAUCCCCCAAAAGCGGAGAAGCCUGCCAUUCAGCGCUCCAAACCAAAAAAGACUACAAGCCAUAAACCUGUUAAAAAGGCCAAAGACAAGCAAACUGUUGGCCGUAGCACCAAGAAGAAAGCAACAGAGAGCAGUUCAGAGACAAAACCAGAGGAAGGAGAUAAGAAAAGUAAAGAAAUCAACAACAAACUGGCUGAAGCUAAAGAAAACCAUAAGGUCGACAAAUGUGGAUCCAGUGAUCAUCCCAUUGGGGCCUCCGGGGGAGAAGGAGAUUGAUUGAUCGAAGGUGCAAAAACAAGACGAAAUUGUGCCGUUGUGUUAAUCACCUGACUGGAAUUAGAAGAACUUUUAGAAUUAAAAUAAAGGCUACAAUUGGUAACAGCAGGUUAUGCAUUAAGAAGCAGGUGAAUGAGAGCAUUACAGUUGUGGUAGGUAAUGGAUUGUGAUUUCAAUGAAGGCAAUUAUUUAGCCUAAUGUUCACAGAGCUAUAAAAACUUUGCUUGCAUGCAGCUUUUUUUAAAAAAAAUCCAGAGCCAUCUCAAUGGCAUUUACCUUUUAAAGGUGCUAUCUUUACAGAUGAGUAAAAUAAACAUGCAAAAAUCAUUGAGUAUAUUAUAAUUUGCUAUGUGAAAUACAUUAAUACACUAUAUUAUUAAUAGUGUGCAUUCAUUUUUAAGCUAAAAUAUAAUUUUUAAAAGACAUUAAUAUGCUUAACUUGAAUAUUAAUGUACAGUUAUGGCCUAA